AUGAGGUGGUGCAACACUAGCGGUGGAGGUGGCAUAGCGCUUAAGGGAGAUGAAGUUCCGAAAGAGAGAGAGAAGGAUAUCUGGAAGGGGUGUGUUUGUGGCGGUGUUGCUGGCGAUGGUGGUGUCGUUAGAGAUGACACAACAGAGAAGAUUGGUCGUUGGAGGAGAGGUCUUCUUCGUCGGAUGGUGGGUGACUGGUUAGAGGCUGCUACGCCGGAGUGGUCUUCUUCGUCGGAGAGGUUGUUGUCGUCGGAGAAGAUGAUGAUGGGUAGUUGGAGGAGUGGAGAGACGGAUCUGAAUAUGGAUUUGAAAAUUUGA